GGACUCCUCUCCGCUGCCUGGGGCAGAGGCUGCUGUCCUGCGUGGGUGUAGAGGAGAGUGGAGGGGCGUGAUGGAGGGAGUGGGCUGGGGACCCGCAUCUAUUCUUCCCUCCGGCCGCGUUUGGGGGGUUCGGGAAGCUCGUCCUCCUCUCUCCAGCACGGAACCGCCUCUCUGUGAGGGAGCGGCCCUCCGGGGUGGGGCCGGGAGCGGAGCGGGGCGCCCUCCGCGGGAGCCGAGCCGGCGGAGGCACUUCGGGGGGGGGAGGCCCGGAGGCUCCUCGUCUGCCUCCGGGGAAGGGGAGGGGGAGGGAGGGGGCACUGCUGUUUUGAGCCCUUUGGUCCGAGGUUCUUUUGAGGACUUACCAGGGGAGGAGUAUUUGUGCCCAUUUUACAGAUGUGCACCCUCAGUUCUGAGGUGCAUUAAGUGAACGUGACCCCGGGUCUCCCAGUACUAUUUUGAUGGCAGAGCGGAAAGGUAAACAGGCGCCGUGAUGGAGCCGCCGAAGCCGCUAUUGCAGCGUUAAGCUGGCAACACGGUCCAGGGCCGUGGAUGCCUCCUGUCUGCUGACCUCGAAGCGACCCGAAGUGGCCGCGAGUGUUUGCCCCCGCCCGUCACCAGGGUCGGCUGACACUCCUUGGGGCUCAGAAGGUACUUGACGUUAGAAAAGAGGCGCAGGAUCAUUGGGACUUUGAAGGAACAAAUGAUACCGCGCCUGCUGCUGCAGCAACUGGUGAUGUUUUUCACGACUUUUUAAAAAAACACAGUGUGGCAAGAGGAAGAAUAACAAGAAAAGAAUCUGGAAAAGUUGGACAAGAUACAAUAUCGUCAGUGUCCAAACUAGAAGACCAACAAAGCAGAAAAUGUACAAUUUUGAGGACGAGUUAACAUGUCCCAUUUGUUACAGUAUUUUUGAAGAUCCCCGUGUACUACCAUGCUCUCAUACAUUUUGUAGAAACUGCUUGGAAAAUGUUCUUCAGGCAUCUGGUAACUUUUAUAUAUGGAGACCAUUACGAAUUCCACUAAAGUGCCCUAAUUGCAGAAGUAUUAUUGAAAUUGCUUCAACUGGGAUUGAAUCUUUACCUGUUAAUUUUGCAUUAAGGGCUAUUAUUGAAAAGUACCAGCAAGAAGAUCAUCCAGAUAUUGUCACUUGCCCUGAACAUUACAGGCAACCCUUAAAUGUAUACUGUCUACUAGAUAAAAAAUUAGUUUGUGGUCAUUGCCUUACCAUAGGCCAACAUCAUGGUCAUCCUAUAGAUGAUCUUCAAAGUGCCUAUCUGAAAGAGAAGGACACGCCGCAAAAACUGCUGGAACAGUUAACUGACGCACACUGGACAGACCUUACUUGUCUUAUUGAAAAGCUGGAAGAAGAAAAAUCUCAUUCGGAGAAAGUGGUCCAAAGUGAUAAAGAAGUUGUUCUCCAGUAUUUUAAGGAGCUUAGUGAUAUAUUAGAACAGAAAAAAAAAAACUUCCUAACUGCUCUCUCUGAUGUUGGCAAUCUGAUUAAUCAAGAAUAUACUCCACAAAUUGAAAGAAUAAGAGACAUGAGGAAGCAGCAGCUUGAAUUAAUGACAUUGACAACAUCUUUACAAGAGGAGUCCCCACUUAAAUUUCUUGAAAAAGUUGAUGAUGUCCGUCAGCGUGUGCAGGUCUUGAAACAAAGUCCACUUCCCGAGGUCCAGCGUAUUGAAAUUUAUCCUCGAGUAAGCCAAGUAUUGAAAGAAGAUUGGAGCAUAACAGAAAUUGGACAAAUUAAGAAACUUCUCAUUCCUGAAAUGAAAAUUUCUUCAACCAGGAUGCCAUGUUCCUGGCCUGCUGAUGAAAAGGAAGUUGAAUUUUUUAAGAUUCUAAACAUUGUUACAGUUACAGUAAUUUCAGUGAUACUGAUGUUGAUCCUCUUUUUUAACCAACACAUAAUAACCUUUCUAAAUGAAAAUACUUCAUUGUGUUUUUCUGAAGUCUCUAUAUCUGUUUACCAAAGUUUAUCUAACAAUCUGCACAAUUUAAAGGGUAUGCUAUAUCACACUCUACAUUUACUGAAGGAAUUCAUGUGGAAAAUAGUCUUUCGUUGAAAAUGCAAAUCUAAAUUCAAAUAGGCUUUUUCUAAACAGGGACUAACAACCAUUGCUAAAUGAAGAAAUAUGGGUUGCAUGGAUGAGUAAAAUAGCCAACUAAACUAUUAGAAUUGCAACAAAUAUAUAGAAAUAUUUUAAAUCAUGUUUCUGUUGGAUAGAAAUGUAUCAGAAAUGAAGCAGUGUCUCUGGUUUUUGGUCUGAAAACUAGAAUAAAAUCUAGUUGAUUUGAGUACUAUCCUUUUUAAUGGAUUUGAGAGGUUGACUUUAUAUUGUUGUGGCAUUUAAACAUUGUUUUACCAAUAUUGUCUUUUAGCGUUUAUAUGGCUGUAGUGAUUGACUUUGCAGUUCUUCAUACAUAGCUUUUAGAAAAAAAGAUGGUAAAAUCUGUUAAGUACCUAUGCACUUAUUUUUGAUGUGGCUUGAUUCUUUUGCAUGGGCAAAUAAAGAUGGUGAGGUUUUAAAAUCAAGCAGCAAAGUCUAAAAUGAUAAGGGAUUGCUUAAAGAUGUUUUUGAUCAAAUAAACCAGAUCCACACAUUGUUUUAGAUGGAUUUAAGAGCCUGAAAAUUGUUUAUCAACAUUCACUUCUAAUAAAGCUAUUGCUUUUGGAAAUCUUAAGUGUUGUUAGAGAACAAACAGCAACAUUUUCUAAGAGUAUUCUGUGGUUUGUGUUACUUUAGGAUUAUAUUUAAGUUUAGUGUAGUGUUCAGUUGCCAACUAAGUUCUUGGAUAAAAAUUUUGAAACGUUACGUAUUCUGUUCUCAUUAGACUUAGAUGUCAGCAUGUUAACUGUAUUUGUCUUAAAAACUUACACUUUUUUUUUUUUGCCAAACAUUCUCUUAUGCUAAUGCCUAAGUACCAAUUUAAUCUUAUUUCCUUGAAUUUUACUUAAAAGAGAGCCAACACUAAGAUGGCUGGCUAGGUCUCUUUAUGACCAGCAUCAUAAUAUACCUCACACAAUUAACUACUGUGUGGGCAAAGAACAUUUGAGAUUUUGAUUAAAGCAUUAGUCACAACACAAAAAACAUGUAGCUUUAAAUACAUGUAAAAAUAUUCAUAAGCACUGAAAUGUGUCAAAUACUUAAUUUCACAUUUGUGAAGUAGGUAUGACCCCCCACCCCUGCUUAGAUGAAAAACCACAAAAAAUUUGUUCAAGGCCAUGUAAUAUAUGGGGGACUCUUGCCAGUUUUUAGUGGACAAAACUUAUAUAGUAUACAUGAAUACAGUCAGUACAGGCAUACCUCGUUUUAUGGCACUUUUGCAGAACAUUGGUUUUUUAUUUUGCGACUGAAGGUUUAGUUGCAACCUUGUGUCAAGUUUAUCUGCACCAAAAAAAUUACAACUUGCUGAAAACUCAGAUGGUUAGCAUUUUUUAGCAAUAUAGCAUUUUUAAAUUAAGGUAUUUUUAAAAGAUAUAAUGGUGUUGCAUACUGAAUAGAUUGCAAUUAUGUGUAGCACAAGCGUAACCUUUAUAUGCACUAGGAAACCAAAAAAAUUUGUUUGAUUCGCUUUAUUGUAUUGUGGUGGGUGGUCUGGAACCAAACCCACAGUAUCUCCAAGUUAUGCCUGAUUCUUAAACAUGCUGUUCUCUUUUGUACUUUUACUGGGAAGAUGAGAUUGUGUAAAAUUUAAAGUGUAUAUUAAAAUAUUUCUAAGUUUCACAUAUAACAAAAGUAUAUAUUUUAAUAAACUCUUUAUAUUUUACUU